UUAUCCUGGGUUAAGACAGAGAGACUCAACCAGUCUUUCUUUUCUCUCCCUCUCCUGCUUCUCCAGUCCCCCAUGGGCAGCCAACACCCUGGGCUACCAAAAACCACAUCAGCUGGGUAUCAACCGCCCCCUACCAGGCAGCUUGCUUCAAUUUCCGCGGCCCGGGGGGAUGGCCCUGCUGCAAGCAGGGCUCUCGCCGGUGGUUGCCAGGGGACCCCAGCUCUGGGUGUGCAGCAGGACCAGCUGUGGAGGGAGCUUGUGGAAGCUGAAGCACGAGGCCAGCGGCGUUGGGCUGAGAAUUGGGGUUUCCUGAAAGACUAUGACCCUCUGGGAAAUAAGAAGGAACCUCAGGAGCUGCCUGCCAGUGUGCCCUUCUUCUCAGAUACCUUCCCCUGCUCCACCAACCGGGAGGUGGGCAGCAGGGUGGACACACCCCUGGGGAAAGCCCUCGGCCGCAUGGACUUCUUCUUUGUGGAAGGCACUCGGAAGAGGAAGUCAGAUGAUGAGCUGCAGCCAGUGUAGAUGGGCUCUCGGGGCUGGCCACAGCAGAGGCCUUGGCUGCAACAUUACACUGGGAUAUCUUGUCUACAUGUCUCCCAGUUUCUUGGACCAACAGGUUCCCGG